AACCGACUCUAUAUAUUUUUCUUUUCUCUUUCUUUCUCUCUUGAUGACUAUUGAGUUCAUGGAGGAGGAAAAUUUGAUUUGCAAAGGAAGGUGAUUUCUCCAUUAAUGGUGAAAUUGAAGAAAAUUUCGUCAGGUAGAACAAAAACAGCAAGAGGAAGAAGAAGAAGCUUAGGUUGGCGUUGUGAUUUUCAUGGCUACCAGUAGAGGCAACAUGAACCACUCCAUCCAACUACACCAUCAUCAAAAUCAGCCGCAACAACAACAACAUCAGCAUCAAAUACAAGAGCAUAAUCAACAUCAUCAAAAUCAGAUUCCUUAUGCAAUGAUGCAGUCAUCUUCCAUCCCUGGAAACUUCAUAAGCAAAGAUACUGGAGCUUAUGAUUUGGGUGAAUUAGAUCAAGCCCUUUUUCUCUACCUUGAUGGACAAGACCCCUCCACUGUUCAAGACCAAAGACAUAACUCGGGAAUGAGACCUCCGACGUUGAACAUUUUCCCUUCCCAGCCGAUGCACGUUGAGCCACCAUCAUCAUCAUCAACAAAAACGAGUACAGGAUUACUUUCUCCAUCAACUAGUGAUUCAAAAAGACCAUCAGAGCCGUCCAUGGAGUUGGCCAACCCCAUAACUGAUGCCUCAACUUCUGCCCAGAAUCAGCCAGAUAAAGCUGUCAAGCGCGAGGAGAAUACAAAAGGGCCAACUUCAAGUUCAGAGCAGGAAGGACCAAAAACACCAGACCCUAAGACACUGAGAAGACUUGCUCAGAAUAGAGAAGCAGCAAGGAAAAGCAGGCUGAGAAAAAAGGCUUAUGUUCAACAAUUAGAAUCAAGUAGGAUUAGGCUUACCCAACUGGAACAAGAACUUCAAAGAGCCAGAACUCAGGGCAUGUUUCUUGGCGGUGGUAAUAUCUUAGGAGGAGAGCAAGGCCUUCCUGUUGGUAUUAACAACAUAAGCUCAGACGCUGCAGUGUUUGACAUGGAAUACGCAAGAUGGCUAGAAGAGCACCAUCGAAUGAUGUGCGAGCUUCGAGCGGCGGUUCAAGAGCAGCUACCGGAGGAUGAUUUGCGGAUGUUCGUGGACAACUGUUUAACCCACUUCGACGAGAUGGUGAACCUAAAAGGGAUGGUGGCGAAAACCGAUGUGUUUCACCUGGUGUCUGGCAUGUGGAAGACUCCAGCGGAACGAUGCUUCAUGUGGAUCGGUGGAUUUCGGCCUUCUCACCUUAUCAAGGUCAUAGUGAAUCAGAUUGAUCCAUUGACGGAGCAGCAGAUAAUGGGGAUAUGUGGGUUGCAGCAAUCGACACAAGAAGCCGAACGGGCUCUAUCCCAAGGCUUAGAAGCGUCGAAUUACUCACUUUCUGAUAUCAUAACAUCUGAUUCACUCAGCUGCCCUCCUAAUAUGACUAACUACAUGGGCCAAAUGGCUAUAGCCAUGAACAAGCUUUCCACCCUCGAAGGUUUCGUUAGACAAGCAGAUAAUCUGAGGCACCAAACAAUCCAUCGGCUGCAUCAGAUCCUGACGACCCGUCAAGCUGCAAGGUGUUUGCUGGCCAUUGCCGAGUACUUCCAUCGCCUAAGAGCUCUCAGCUCUCUCUGGUUGGCUCGGCCUCGACAGGAACAAUAGGAACCCUAGCUUAAGUCUCACUCUUUGAUUAUUUAUGUCUUCUUUUAUGUUU